AUCAUCUAUUCAUCUCUGAUAUGAAGCUAAAAUGUGGUGCAAAUGGGGCUUAUCGAUCGGAUCGGACGGCUUUGCCAAAUUGGAGAAGUAACCAGGAACUCAUCACUGAGCCUCUCACACAUUCGAAAUGGAUACGAACUGUUUAUUGCUAUCUUGUCUCGUCACACUUGCUGCAAUCCUCCUCAGCUUUGUUGUGUUCAUUAAGAAGAAGACCAGGAACACUUCAUUAGCAUCUCUGAACAAUUCUUCAUUGUCCAUCUCUCCACCUAUAGGAUGGAACUAUGAAGUGUUCUUGAGUUUCAGAGGCCAAGACACUCGUAAAACCUUCACUGACUACCUCUACAGCGACCUUGUUGACGCAGGAAUUCGCACGUUUAGAGACAACAAUGAGCUUCGCAUUGGAGAGAAGAUAGGUGAUGAGCUUCUCAAGGCAAUACAACACUCAAAGAUAUCCAUCCCAAUCUUUUCCAAAGACUAUGCUUCAAGUAAGUGGUGCUUGCUUGAGCUCACCAAGAUGGUUGAGUGUAAGAGGACAUCAGGGCAAAUCAUAAAACCCAUUUUCUACGAUGUGGAACCAUCCGACGUGCGAAAGCAGAAGGGGAGUUACGAAAAGGCCUUCCGGGAACACAAGAAGCAUUUUGAUAGUGCUACUGUGGAGGGGUGGAAGAAAGCCUUGAGGGAGGUUGGGGAAUUGAAGGGAUGGGAAGUGAAGAAUGUUGCUGACGGGCACCAAGGAGAACUGGUAAAGAGGGUUGUUUUAGAGGUGUGGGGAGAGCUGAAAAGGAACUCAUUGGAUGUAAAUGAAUGCUUAGUUGGAAUUGAUAAUCAUGUAGAAGAAAUGAUGAAAUUGUUGAGUGUUAAUUCCAGUGAUGUAAGGAUUGUGGGAGUCCAUGGCAUGGGAGGAAUUGGCAAGACCACUAUAGCCAAGGUCAUCUACAACCAACUCUCCCAACACUUUGAAUCCUGUUGCUUCCUUCCAGAUGUAAGAGAAACAGCACAACAACACAAUGGUCUUGUUCAUUUGCAAAACCAACUUAUAUCUAACAUCUUAAAACGGAGAUGCGUUGACAUUAGUACCGUGGAUGAAGGUAUUAAUGUAAUCAAAGUUAGAUUUUCUGGGAAGAAAGUUCUUGUUGUCAUUGAUGAUGCCGAUCAAAAAGUUCAUCUUCAUUCACUUGUGGGAAAGUGUGAUUGGUUUGGUUCAGGAAGUAGGAUAAUUGUCACAACAAGAAACAAAGAUAUUCUAAAUCUACCUGAGGUAGAUUGUAGGACUUACGAACCAAAGGAAUUGGAUUCUAAUCAAUCUCUUCAACUUUUCAGCAGACAUGCUUUUAGAAUGAACCAUGCUCCAGAAGACUAUGAUAUUCUCUCUAGAGAUGUUGUGUCCACUACUGGAGGGUUGCCUUUGGCUCUUGAGAUUGUUGGCUCUUUUUUAUCUGGCAAGAGAAAAGCGGUGUGGAAUGAGACAUUGAAGAAGUUGAAGAAAAUACCGGAUGGACAAGUGCAAAAGAAGCUGAGAAUAAGUUACGAAGCAUUAGAAUAUGAGCAACAACAGAUAUUUCUUGAUAUAUCAUGUUUUUUAAUUGGAGUGGAUAGAAGAAUUGCUUUCCACAUGUGGGAUGACUGCAAAUUUUAUCCGGAAAAUGGAAUUGAAGUUCUUAUUCUCACGUCCUUGGUGAAAAUUGGAGAUGACAAUGAGCUAAGGAUGCAUGAUCAGCUUAGAGACCUCGGUAGGGAUAUUGUCCGUCAAGAAAAUUUUAAGGAGCCAGAGGAGCGCAGUAGGGUGUGGUUUCAUGAGGAAGCCUAUGAAAUAUUGGAGAGUCAGUCGGGAACAAGAAAGAUUGAAGCUCUUUGUGUUGACUUUCGAUCAGAGUCACAAGCAUGCUGUUUUACAAAUGAAGAAUUUGGAGGCCUAUCUAAUCUAAGGUUCCUGCAAAUGGACUAUGCAAACCUGGAUGGAGAUUAUAAGCGUCUUCUUUCAAAGUUACGAUGGCUUAGCUGGAACGGAUGCCCUCAAAUUUUUAAACCAACCAAUUUUCAUCUGAAGAAUCUGGUCAUUCUUGAUUUAUCAUGGAGCAAGGUCACAGAAGCCUGGGAGGGUUGGAAUCAUAUCAAGAUUGCAAGAAAGUUGAAAGUUCUAAAUCUCACGGGUUGCAGAGACAUGGUUAGUACUCCUGACUUCUCUGCAUAUGCAACUUUAGAAAGAUUGAUUCUUGAAGAGUGUGAGAAUUUGGUUCAUAUUGACCCAUCGAUUGGGUAUCUCAAGAGUCUAGUUUUCUUCAAUGUGAAGAACUGUUCUAAACUCAAAAGGUUGCCUCUGGAAUUUGAUUCUUUGAAAGCUUUAGUGGAGCUCCUCAUCGAUGGUACUUCUUUAAAAGAAGUCCCUAAUGGUAUAGGUGUUAUGAAUAAGCUUGAAACUCUUAGUGCCAGUUGUUGGUCAUUGACUCAAAUUUCUACCUCAAUUGGUCACCUAAAAUCUCUGUCCGACCUUACAUUAGAUUAUUCAUGUAUCAAUGAACUACCAGACUCAAUUGGUUCGCUAUUGAAAUUGCGACGAUUUUCACUAAGGCGCUGCAAAUUAAAAAAACUUCCAGACUCCAUUGGGAAAUUAGAAUCAUUAAUUGAGCUACGCUUGUCAGGAGCAAAAUUUACAGAAUUACCUGAUACCAUUGGCAACCUAAAUCAUUUGAGAAUUCUUGAGAUUAACGAAUCUUUGAUCAAGAAGUUACCUAGUGCCAUUGGAAUGUUACUGAAACUUGAAGAGUUAGAUGCCUCGCAUUGUCACAAUUUGGAAGGUGAAAUUCCCAAUGAUAUUGGGAGACUACCCUCUCUGAGAAUCUUAAGACUAAAUUUUACAAAUAUCUGUAGCCUACCAACAAGCAUUUGUGGGCUUUCUCACCUCCAAACCCUUGAUUUACGGGGUUGCAAAAAGCUUCAGUUUCUGCCAGAGCUUCCCUCUAGUCUAGUAAGUCUACGAGUCACUUGCAUGUCAAUGGAGACAUUUCUAAACCUUCCUAGCCUGAUGAAUCUAAAGGAGUUGCAACUUUAUGACUGCUCUAGGCUGUUGAAAAUUCCUGAAGAUAUUGGGAAGUUAGCCAAACUGGAGACCUUGAUCUUGUACAGGAUUAACAUUAGCAGCCUGCCAAUGGAGCUUGGUGCCCUUUCUCGGCUUACGGAACUCACUGUUCAAAAUUCUGAACAACUUCAAUGCCUUCCAACUCUUCCCUCAAGUCUGUUCAAACUGUGUCUUAAUGUUUGCAAGUCAAUGAAGAGGUUGCCAGAUCUGUCAAAUUUGAAAGAUUUAUCAGAACUAAUACUUGGCCAAUGCUCAGAGUUAACGGAGAUUCAAGGCCUUGGAAGAUUGGAACUCCUAAUAAGUUUGGAUAUAUCUAAGUGCAUAAAGUUAUGUAUGCUUGAAGGGCUUGAACAGCUAAGAUCUUUAAGAUACUUGACCACAUCAUGGUGUGAAUCACUAGAAACCUUACCAGAUCUUUCGAACUUAAAGAAGUUAAGGAAUUUAGUUACUUUGCAUUGCAAGAAUUUGAAUGAAAUUAGGGGCCUUGACAAAUUGGAAUCCUUGGAAUAUUUGAAUAUGAGUUGGUGCAUAUCCUUGGAAAGAUUGCCUGAUCUAUCGAACUUAGAAAUGCUGAAAGAUUUAAACCUCGCCCAGUGCCAGAAGCUACAUGAGAUAGAAGGUCUUGAGGCUUUGAAAUCCUUGAAGAUGCUGGACUUGUCAUCAUGCAUGGCCUUGGAGAGGAUACCUGAUCUGUCGAGACUGAAAAAUUUAAAGAGAUUGCAACUUUGUAACUGUGAGAAACUUAGUGAGAUUUUGGGACUUGAGGAACUGAAAUUCUUAGCAUUCUUGGACAUUUCCGGAUGCAAAUCACUAGGAAAAUUACCAGACAUUUCGAACAUUAGUAAAGUCAAGCGUUGAGAGCAAAUUGCAGGGUGUCAGAGUUUAGUGUUUAACAUGCAAUCUGAUGGCAUGGGAUUGAGGUUGAGGGUCUGAGUGUGGAGGAAGCUUAUUUCAGAGGAAGGUAGUUACAAGGAACGACCUUUUCCCUUCUCCAGGGCUAUUCUGAGUUCAGACAAGAAAAAAAGGCUUCUGAUAUACCUGAAGUAAACUCAAAUUGUUGGGAGAUGAAUGCAAAGUUUAAAAGCAUAGCAUUGUGGAAUCAUGAUAGUCCUCCGUCAGAAGACGAUGCCUCCUUGCAUUCCUUUCACUGGCUUGCUGUUGCAAAAGCAGGGUCGAUUUCUCAUGUCAAUGGAAAUGUACUAUUGAAAUCAGCUCAAGGGUGGAGUCCACAAAGAGUUAAUAGCUUACUGCUUGAGUUUCUUUAUUUCAUUUACCACAUGCAUGCAAUGCAUGAUUUGAUGGAAAAUGCAAGUCUUGCUGGGAAAAUCAGUAGAGAUAGGGAGAUUGAAAGUUGAAACAGAGGAUGGUUUGAAAUUUCCGGCAAAUGGUUUUCCCUUUACAAGCCAGAAGGAGAUGCAGAAAAGAAGCGACAGAUGACACCUGCUAGUCUCAUGACAAGGCUCAUUUUUAUCAUGGUUUAGAGGAAGCUCAUAAGAAAUUCCUACACUUGAGCAUUUUGCGACUUAUUUAGGCUCCGUUUAUUUGGAAGUAAAAUAUUUUUCAGAAAAUAUUUUUACAUGCCUCGCGCGAUGGACUCGAUCUCAACCUUGUAAACCUCUGCCAACUACCGGUAAACUAAAAAUAAAAAAAUAUUUUACCUAAAAAAAAAUAUUUUUCAAAAAGAAUAUUUUACUCUUAAUAUAUUUUAGGUAACAGGAGGAUGAGAACUGUGAGGAGUCGUGAUCAAAAUAAAUUGAUGUAGCAGUUUGGAAGAAGAGUUUGUCUGUUGAACGGCCUUAUUCAUGUGCCAUGUAAAUUAUUAGAUCACUACCCUAUAUAUAUAUAUAUUUUGUAUCAUUUUAUACUGGUUUUUGUAAAUGUAAAGAUUGUUUGAUUAUUUAGAUAUAAAUUAAUUCAUGCGGAUAUGCUAAAUAAAUACAAAAGUUAUGUUUAAGGUGUGCAAUGGAGGUAAAGUGUUACAAGGUUGAGGAAUAGGCAGCGUUCCUAAAUGCUUUCAUAUUACCGAGAUCUACUUUCAUAUGUUGAGCUUUAGGCUGCUGUUGUAAUAAGCUUUACCUGCCAUUGAGGAAUAGUUUUACUCUAUAUAUGUAUAUAUGCAGGGAAAAAAGAAGAAGAAGAAGAAGAAGAAACAUAAACCAUUUUAAAAAGAAGAAGAAGAUUUUUAUUUUAUACAUAAAUAGUAAUAUUGAUAUGUAACCUCCCUACUCAAUUACAAAGUUUUUCUUGUUAAAAAAAAAAAAUUAAUAACAAAGUUUUUAUUUCUUCAAAUUUUUAACAUGGGGUGUUCGGCCGUAGCCCACCAAGUGGUAGGUGAGCCCUAUGGUGUGAUAUGAGUGUCGGUGUUGGAGUAACCCAUCCUCCCCUUCCCCUCUAAUAUCUAUUCUCCAAAUCAUGAUUUUCAAAUGUUCCUUUCUUAAUAGUCUCGUGCAAAAAUUAUUUGUCAUUACUUAAAAUUUGUAUUUAAGUUAUUAAAACUAUAAACAUGGACAAAAAAUAAGGAAUGAAGAGCAAAUUAUUUUAUCUUUAAAUCAAUUGUUUUAGAACAAAAUUUACAAUCACUAAAACUUGAUGAACAUGUGCAAUUAUGAUACAAAAGAUGCAGAAUAAAUCGUCAAGUGAAUGGUUUAGGAGAGGUGCGCCAAACCUUCUUUGUUGUUGUUGUUUUUUUUUUUUUUUUUAACUUACGAAGAGACAUAAAUUUUACAAUAAUAAAAAAAUAUAUCAAUUGAGAGCUCUUGGAGUGUACUAAAAUGGAGUCAAUAUUAAAGUAGGUUGGUUUAUUUUUCAUUUUUAAACUUAGAUUUAUUUUUCCGUGAGAGUUUUUUUUUUUUUUAACUCAUAUUAUGUACACUGUAUAUUUAUUUUGCUCAAAUAUUCUUAUAUUUGAAAUGUGGUCAAGAAGGAAAGUUAUUAAAUCUCCGAAAAACUCGAACUGAACUGGGCUACUCAUACCCAAUAAGCAUUAGCAAUAGCACAAUUGACAUAAGGGCCGCACGGGUGCGUAUGUUUAAGGAUUUUAAUUUAAUUUUUU